AGCUCUGGAGGAAGACGCAUUCGUGAGGGAGUGCGGAUCAGAGGACUCGAGGACAUCACACUGUUGUGCGGUAGAGUGUGAGGGAGUGCGGACUACGUGAUGAGGAUUGAGUACUGUUCGUGCUAUCAUCAUGAUACUAUCAUACAACGAGCAACAGGGUUUCUACAACGAACGCCAACAUUUUUAGCAACAGCACGUUCCACAACAACAACAACAAAAACAACAUCACACGACGAAGAUGACCGAAUACAAACAAGAUGGUCCUGAGGCACAGCGUAUCGCCUCUGUCAUCCCGUAUUACCCAUUUCAUGGCGUACCCAGAUUUUACGAUAUUAGUGGGAUGCUUGCAGAUCCAGAAGCCUUCCAGCUAUGUAUCGACAUAUUUGUGAAACGAUAUCAUUAUCUACAUUAAGGGUACCAUCAGCCCAUCUUUUCCACCAUCUUUUAGACAAUUUCUGCUUAGAAUAGGCUAAAAGAUGUUCGAAAAGAUGGGUUGCCGGUACCUCUAACUACAUCAGGAGCAGGUGGGUAGCAGUGGUGCAGCUGCUAGUACAGAGAAUCUUGGUAUUGACUGCAUCAUGGGUUUGGACGCACGCGGCUUCGUACUGGGUCCGAGCAUAGCUUUGGCCUUGAAGAAGCCAUUUAUCAUGCUGAGAAAAAAGGGCAAGUUGCCGAAUGCGGUUACAGGUAGAGAGUAUGGAAAGGAAUACAAAAGUGUCGACAAUGCAGAAACAGGGAAAGAUGAACUGUGUAUGCCAAAAACAGCUUUUGAUUUCUUCUACAAGAAGGGGAAUAUGGCAGCUACUGCUACAUCAACAUCUUCAGAAGGACAAGAAGUAGGAGGACCAGAUGAUCUUCAUCAAGGAGUAGAAAACAGCAAGUUGGCCUCUACGUCUAAACGUCCUCGCGUCCUGAUCAUCGACGACCUAGUUGCAACGGGUGGGACCUUACUAGCUGCGUGCGACCUUGUAGCCGAAGCAGGCGCGGAAAUCGUAGAGUGCGCAUGUAUUGUAGAACUGAAGGCUUUAAAAGGGUAUGAGAAACUUCAGGCGAAGCAUUCUGGAGUAAAAGUUUGGGCUUUGAUAAGUGAAGAUGUACUUACUUUGGAAGGCUAGGUGUACUAGGUAAUAGUCAACAAGAACUUCAUCGAUUCUUCUUGAAAACGUGAACAGUCGAGGGUAAACAAGUUCAUGUUGCACCAAGAAGUUUUUUAUGUUGUCACUGACACUGACACUGACCCACACACACAC